AUGGGAAACUGCGCGUGCCCCAGGAGCCUUACAGGCGACACCAGCGACGAAGUCAUCUUUGGUCAGGACGGCAAAGGUCAGGGCUUCGUGGGCAAGGAUCUUGAAGCCCGCCAGAAACGCGAGGUGACUUUCGAGAACGGAGCUGUCUACAACGGAGAGUGGACGGGAGAUGUUCGAGAUGGAUACGGUGUACAGAUUUGGGACGACGGUGCCCGGUACGAGGGCCAGUGGGUGAAUGACAAGGCCCAAGGAAAGGGGAAGUUUAUCCACGUGGAUGGCGACGUAUACUUUGGUGACUGGUUCGAGGACAAGGCCCACGGCUACGGGGUGUACAACCACGCAGAUGGUUCCAAGUACGAGGGUCAGUGGUACGAAGACAAGCAGCACGGCAAGGGAACCGAGCAGUGGCCCGAUGGGGCCAAGUACGAGGGCCAGUACAGCAACGGAAAGAAGCAUGGGAAGGGCACAUUCUCCUGGGCAGACGGCAGCGUGUACGAAGGCGACUUUGUGAACAACGACAUCCAUGGCUACGGAGUCUAUCGCUGGGCCGACGGCCGGCGGUACGAGGGGGAAUGGGAGAAGAACCGCAUGCAUGGCCAAGGAAAAUUCCAGUGGGCUGACGGCCGCAUCUACCAGGGCGACUACCGACACGAUCAGAAAGACGGGAAGGGCACGUUCUCUUGGCCAGACGGACGGAAAUAUAUUGGCAGCUGGCGAAACGGGAAACAGCACGGUCGCGGGACUUACAUCACCUCAAAGAAUGAACAACGGAAUGGCGAAUGGGAAGACGGUCGGCGUAUCAAGUGGAUCAAAGACGACGAGUAG